UCAUGGCACACAGUUAUAAAAGCCUUAGACCGCCGGGGACCAUACUCAUAGCAGUGCGACAAGUAUAAGUGUGAAGGCGUUUUAUCAUUUCCAACGGUCAACCUAAUAGUUGCUACGGAGCUAUGGGAGCACCAAAAUAAAUUCUAUAAAAUUAUUUCUUCAAAACUAACUUCUCCGAACGUCGUUCAACCAAACAGCCAAUUCAGUUUUUCAGCCGCUUUUGUGUGUGUGGAAUCUACCGAGCGAGUGUCUAAGCUAAGCCAAAACACACAAACUCCAAGGAUUGCUGACUGCCAGGUAGAACUAUGGAUUUCACGAAAGCUCUAAGGCUGCCACUGCCGGCUGGCUUUCAGUAUCUACGCGAUGGGCGCAAUAUCAGUCUGGCCGAUAGUGUUCCUGCUGACAUUUUCCACAUGGUUGAUCCCUACUGGUAUAAAUGGCAACCGAUGGAGCAGAUUUGGUUUCAAAUCAUUGGCUUUAUCAUCACCGUUCUGGGUGUAAUGUCGCUAUCGGGCAAUUUCAUUGUCAUGUAUAUAUUCACCUCGACACGUUCACUACGUACACCAUCAAAUAUUUUUGUGGUUAACUUAGCCUUUUCCGACUUUAUGAUGAUGUUCACUAUGUUUCCACCAGUGGUGUUAAAUGGUUUCUACGGCACUUGGAUUAUGGGACCAUUCCUAUGUGAAUUAUACGGUCUGGCCGGUUCGCUUUUCGGUUGUGUGUCCAUUUGGUCCAUGACUUUGAUCGCAUAUGAUCGCUACUGUGUGAUCGUGAGGGGUCUGUCUCGCAAACCACUCACCACGACCGUGGCUGUUGUACGCUUGAUUUUUGUAUGGUGUAUUUGCGGCACCUGGGCCAUACUGCCGAUGGUCGGCUGGAAUCGUUAUGUACCUGAGGGUAAUAUGACCGCAUGCGGUACGGACUACUUUGCUAAGGACUGGUUUAAUCGUUCAUAUAUCAUUGUGUACUCAUUAUGGGUGUAUGCUACGCCAUUGACGACAAUUAUCUUUUCAUAUUACCACAUCAUGAAGGCUGUUUGGGCUCACGAGAAAGCUAUGCGUGAUCAGGCUAAGAAAAUGAAUGUCGCCUCAUUGCGUAAUAGCGAAGCAGAUAAAGGCAAAUCGAUUGAAAUUAAACUGGCUAAAGUGGCGUUGGUUACAAUAUCGCUGUGGUUCCUCGCCUGGACCCCAUAUACGAUAAUCAACUAUGCGGGUAUUUUCGGUUCGAUGAAUCUCUCACCGCUGAGCACAAUUUGUGGUUCGGUAUUUGCGAAAGCAAAUUCAGUCUGCAAUCCAAUAGUCUAUGGUCUCAGUCACCCUAAAUAUCGACAAGUAUUGCGCGAGAAAAUACCUUGUCUCGCCUGCGGCAAAGACGACAUGGCCUCCGAAGUACGCACGCAAGCGACGGCAGAAAUCAGCGAAUCAGCGGCAUAAGUAUGUGGCCCAGCUAUGGAACUGAAAGUACAAUAAUCAUAAAAACUACAACAUGCAGCAACCGGAACACGAUUCUGAUAACAUUUAUACAGUUUUAGACUUCACUCUAGGUUAUGUAUGCAAAAAGCUUGGCUUUACAUGCUCCUAGCGUGGAUUUAUAUUUAAUGAAACAACUAGAAACAAUGAUACUUAGAGGGUGGAUUAUAAAACGUCAAUCUGCAACGAGGUAACAGAAAAACGAAAAAACAAACAAAAAAAAUCGAAAAACAACAAGCAACGACUUAGCAGAAGAGAGUUGUGAUGCAGUAAAGUACCAAAUGAAAGAAAUUUAACAAAUAUGCAGUUUUUUUAUGGCGUAAGUUUAAAUAUUGUAUAGUUGAUGUACAUGCCACUUCGCUUUAUCUGCUAAAAAGUACUCAAGUAAUUCCUCUCUUUCACUUCAAUAUUUUCUUUUUUCUAACAAUAAUUAUAGGUGUUCUGAUCUUUCCGCAGUUUUCGGAUUGUCAGUGUAUUAUACAUAUUUAUCAAAAUAUUUAAAGGAACUGCAAUUUAAAAACCAAAAAAAAA